GUUAGUGACAUCGCCAUGUCGAGAAGACGCUGCAUUCUUCAUUGCGAACGCAAAUACCCUUUAUAUGGGCUCCCAAAGGAAGACGAGGAGAAGAACCAAUGGCUGAGAUUCAUAUUUAACACUGUCCCUCAGCAGUACAGCCCCAACCUCGUACUGUGCUCGCUUCAUUUUACGGAGGACUGCUUCCUAAACCGUGCACAGUUCUGUGCUGGGUUUUCCAGACGGUUACUGCUCAAAGAUGGGGCAAUUCCCACUCUGAUGAGUCCACCGGAAGAUUCACCAGCACCCAUAUAUGAAUGUCGAGUAAAUGCCAACUGUCAAGUGUCACCUCUGGUAAGACACGUAGCCUCCCAGACAGAUCCCCCAGACUUUGAUUUCCCAAAGACAAGAUCAGUCAGCACACAGCUGUCCAUGAAAACGCUGCAAAAUCACAUCCGGAGUACAGCUACGCAGGUUAAAGUGACCAGCAGAGAUUGCAGCGUUUGCACAGUCACCCUGCCCUUGAACAGUCCCAUGCUCUUCCUACAGCCGACGCUGGUAAAGAAGCCCACCAAGAGACCCCGACUCAGCCUUACAGACGGAGAAGAGGGACCUUCAAGAUACAGCAUGUCUACAGUGGUUUACAAAUCAGAGGACUCAACAUAAACCUGAAGAUUGCUGUGGUUUAACUUUUUUCUUUCUUUUACCUUGAAAUGAAUGUCUUCUUGGAGAAGAACUGGUGAAUAAAGAGGCCAGAAAUGAUAAUGGCUUUUCUCCAUAUUGUCGUUGGAAAGAGCCUCGUCCAACAAAGGAAAAGCUCACAUGAAGCUGGACCACACAGCAUAUAACCAUGUUACGUGUGUUGUAAUCCAACAACAACUCUCGCUGACAAAAUUUAAUAUUUUUCAAAUCUGCUCCCAAAAAUUAGCUUUAAAAAAAAAAAAAGAAAUAAAUAGAGCAGGGGGUUGUGAUUAUUUCCAUCCACCAUAUGAGUACAACUUAGAAUCGACAGGUCCAGAACUUGACCACUUACUAGAUAAGUUCUUCUGGCAUCAGUGGUUGUCUGCAAAAACAUGACAAUAGUGAUAUCACUGACAUUUUCACAAGUUCAGAGACUUUAUAAUAAACACUUAUAGAACAGCCUCAACAGAAAGUGGCGUACCUUAUAAAAACGAUACUGGGUGAAUACGUCUUUAUCUAAGAAGAUUAACUGUAUACUGAUUCGUUUGCAAGAACACUUAUAAGACAUUAGUGCUCAGAGAUGAAACACUAAUCAUGAGUCUCCAUACAACUUGGAUUUUGGAGCAAAAUAUGUGGUAAACAAUUAUAACCAGUGCCAGUACACCAAACUUGCAUUGUAAUGGGAUUAAUGAGCUGUACUGGCCCUUAUCAAAAUUUCACAUUUUCUCUUUACUACAUCUAAUGCUCAAAAAGCAACUGCAUUUAUAGUGUCCAUGGUAAUUAAAGUCGUGGCAGCUCUAUUGUAUUAAUUGAAUCAUAAUAGACUGUGAUUAAUGACUUUCUAUAAGGCCCUGUGUUUGUUUCAGCAUGGCUGAAAGUCUACUAGAAGAUAUCCCAUGGUGUCUUCCAUGUGCUGUAUAGUUUGAUUUCUACUAAAACUAGACAAAGGUUGGGAAGACUUAAAUGUCAGACAGAAAAAUGCUUUAAGAAUUAAUUUAAACUUAAGAAA